ACGUGACCCUCCAGUGUCCCCCCCCCGGGUUUUGAUGACGUAGUGUAUCGGUGGGGUCGGGGAGCGCGGGUUUUGAUGACGUAGUGUAUUGGUGGGGGUCGGGGAGCGCGGGUUUUGAUGACGUAGUGUAUUGGUGGGGUCGGGGAGCGCGGGUUUUGAUGACGUGAGGGCGGCCCGGCUCCCGCCCGCCCGCCAGCUGUGGGUGAGACAGACAGACAGGGCGACGAUGCUGUCGGAGGUGCAGCCGUGUCUGCAGCUGCUGCGGAUCGGCCCCGGGCCCCAGCCCAGCCCCGGCUCCAGCCCCAGCCCCAGCGACCUCUACACCUUCCUGCCCCGCGGCCAGCGCUGCACCUUCCGCCUGGGCCGGCAGGCCGACCUGACCGACCUGCGCCUCAGCUCGGGCCGCGCCGACCAGCUCAUCUCCCGGGUACACGCUGAGCUGCAGGCCCACAGGAGCCCGGCCGGGGAAUGGACCGUGUACGUCCUGGACAGGAGCACCAACGGUACUUUUGUGAAUGAUGUCCGCAUACCCAAAGGCCAAAGGACGGAGAUGGCGGAUGGAGACACGGUGACCUUCGGCCACCCGGAUGCGGUGAACAUCCCGGAGGGUUGUGUGGCAAGUCAGCAGGACUCCGAGUUUUACUUCCUGUUCCAAAAGGUCCGGGUGCGUCCGGCGGACUUUGACGCCAUAACGCUCCCGAAGGUCCAGGAGCAGAGCGGAUUCCGGCCCGUCCGUUCCACGGACAAGUGCAUCUCUCCGCAGGGCGCCAGGAUCCGCAGCUUCACCGAGGCGCCGGCGGCUUCGCGGGCCACGCUGAUCCUCAACUCCAUCGGUAGCAUCAGCACGCUGAAGUCGCAGCUGCCCCCCUUCCAGUCCGAGUGGGGGGGCGGAGACGCGGGGGGGAUCCCGGGCAAGUUCCGACGCUUCUCCCUGGACGGACGCCGCCCGAGCGACUCCGCGGCUGCUCCUGCCGCCGUCCCUGGCCCGACGCGGCCGGCAGCCAAACACCGGCGGAAGACGGUCCACACUGUCCUCCCCGACAUCGAGCUGGAGGAGGAGAUACAGCGGUUUUCGGUGGAGGUUCAGCAAAGCGCCACCAGCCGCCGGCACUGUAAGUCCGAGUCUGACGUCGACCCUGAUCUCCUACGGCAAUUGACUCUGGGCGUUCGGGCACUGACGCCGCCCGGUCCAAAGCCAACGGUCAAGAAGCACAAACAGGAGCACAGUGCUCAUAUUCUCCGAAGCCCAACGGAUAAUGCCCACCUCACCCCCACUGGGAAGAAGCGGGGGCGACCACGGAAGCACCCUUUGGGCAGCGUUCCCCUUGGCUCCAAGGUGACUUGUCAGGUCUUCAGCCGCACGCUGUACUCUGCCGAGCAGUGUGCAGCCGAGCAGUGCCAGCUGCCGCAGGAGGACACCCUGGAGUGGGUGCAAUGUGAUGACUGUGACGCUUGGUAUCACACGGAGUGUGUCGGCUGCAACUACACUGCCAUGAAGGAGUCAUCGGCGGAGUUCCACUGUGGCUGCACGUAAUGGCCACCUGGCGUGCGCCAAAAGACAAAAUAUCCCCCCCACCCACCGCCCGCCCGCCGCCUUCCAGUCGGGCUUUACCUUCAAGCUCUGUCAGCUUGAGUGAAAACGCCAGUGAUCUUAAAAGUCCCUUUAUCCAUCAUUUCCUUCCAGCGAACUCCACACUUUAAAAGGGCCGUUGCGUUUAAACUGGGGACGUGCUGGCCACAUGGCGGCCACUGACAAGCGGAACCCCGACGAGCGAAUUGAAACAAAAAGGCACCAAGUGCUGGAAUAACUCGGCUGGGUCGGGCGGCAUCCCCGGAGAACGUGGGCGGACUGGUGCUUUUUUGAGUCGAACCUUCCUGGAACUGAAAUGUUGCAAUUUUAGUUGGUUUUCUCCAAAGGGGGACUCUACUACAUUUGCCUCUGUGGUUGUAUCCACCCAGACGAAGCCUGUAUGGCAACCCUCAGACAUCAUCAGCAUGGUCUUCAAACUUUGAAAAAUGCCUGUGAAGAUCUGAGGAAUUUAAUUUCUUUGGCUGAAUCGGGCUGGAUCAAAUUGCCCGCAACUUUCUUUCUUCCAUUUACAGAAACUAUUUUCAUGCCACGAGAUUGACGUUCUGAACACAUCUUUAAACAGAAAGAGGGAGCAGGCGUUACUUUUGCUGAAUUCGGGGCAUUAUGGACUAAAGGGCCUGUCCCACUUGGCUGUCUUUCGCGCGCCAUUUAAGCGACCUGCUAGCGUGUGGGUAGUGCGGUGGCGGGCGCAUGGAGUG